AUGUCGCAGCAACCCAUCCCAACCUUAAAUCAGCUAGUCCUCAUGAAGAUGGCUGGUUCAUAUGUAUUCCUUUUGAAGGGUCGUGGAGCUCAACAGACUUGGCUUACUGCGGCAGAUCCUCUAGCCAAGAGCGCUGACCUGCAAUCGAUGCUUGAUAGCCUUGACCCCUUGGACCCAGCCACUGGCACCACGAUCAUUCUCUCUUCUUACCAGGCCUGGGACCGGCGUACCACUCGUGAGGUGGACAUAGACGGUAACCCCGUGAACUCCACCUGCUAUACUGGUGUCCCCCGGGCCACGGCCGAUCCAAAGGCGCGAGAUCCCGAAGCGGCUGAGGAGGAAUUCGACGAAGAUCUCCUUACAGAUGUUGAGGAUGAGCCAAUACUUCCCACACCUGGGCCCUCUCCUGUGGAUAGUACUUUGGACGAUGCGCGCGAUAAGCUGGCCGAUCUACAGGACGCGGAUGUGGACUCGACUAACCUAUCUGCCAUUAAAACAACGACUCGCCGCCGGUUCUUUCUCAGCCUCCUCCGAGCUCGGCUCCAAUGCGCAAUCUGCGAUGAGGGUCAUCGCAUCAAAACGAUAUCCUCUAGGCAGCACCAGUCUGUUGCUAAGCUCUCUCGGAAUGUUACAUGGUUUAUAACAGCGACUCCAAUGUGGAAUAAACCGCUUGACUUCUGUUGCUACCUCUCACUUCUCUGGACGGAGUUGAUAGGGUCACAGUGUCUCCACGCUGACCAGAUUCAGAGCUCAGCUGAUGUGGAUGAAUAUCGGUUAUGGUCUGCUAAGGCUCAACUCCCAGAAACCGGUCUACCAUACCACUUGCUAUGCCCAAGUGGCCUCAUUGCACUUAGUAAGAAUGGACAUCUUACUAGCCGAGCAGGGUUUGACUGCCUGCCGAUCAUCCUCCGCUUGACCUGUUUGUGCCGGGAGCCUGGGAGUACAAUGAUUGGUGCUAAUGGAGUUAGUAUCGAGAUUGGGGGGGAUAUCCCUCCCAUAGCUAUCCUAACUGUUGAGUUGCGGUAUACUCGGACUACUCAAGUUCGCCAUGAUCAAGCGUAUCAUCAAAUCAUCGAGGAUCUAUACGAGGGAGCUGCAGAGGGGGAGAAACCAGGUGAAACUCUAGUGGCUAUGAGCUGGUCUGCAUUCCGACAGCUAUGCCACCUCGCAGUGAAACCGAAAUUAGAUGUGUUCCUCCGACGGUCAUCAAGCCGAGUUUUAUCUGCAGACAUCAAUGCAUUUGAAAGAAGUCGCGAGUCGCGCUAUUGUGGCGACCGGAUGAGGGAAGCGUUGAACCCGGGAUGA